AGUGGCCUGGGGGGGGAGGUAGAACCGUUGGUUGCCGGGUCCAUUCAUCGCCGCCGGGCGCCCCGCCGCCAUGGAGGCGCUGAUCCCGGUGAUCAACAAGCUGCAGGACGUGUUCAACGCCGUGGGGGCCGACAUCAUCCAGCUGCCGCAGAUCGUGGUGGUGGGGACGCAGAGCAGUGGCAAGAGUUCAGUGCUGGAAAGUCUUGUGGGGAGGGAUCUGCUCCCAAGAGGUACUGGAAUUAUCACCCGGAGACCCCUUAUUCUGCAGCUGGUGCAUGUUUCACCAGAGGAUCGUCGGAAAACAUCUGGAGAUGAAAAUGACCCUGCUACAUGGAAAAAUCCAAGACACCUUACUAAAGGGAUUGAUGCUGAAGAAUGGGGUAAAUUCCUUCACACCAAAAAUAAGCUCUAUACAGACUUUGAUGAAAUUCGACAAGAAAUAGAAAAUGAAACAGAGAGGAUUUCAGGAAAUAAUAAGGGGAUCAGUCCUGAACCUAUUCACCUUAAAAUUUUUUCACCGAAUGUUGUCAAUCUGACUCUUGUGGAUUUGCCAGGAAUGACAAAGGUACCUGUGGGUGAUCAGCCUAAGGACAUUGAACUUCAAAUCAGAGAACUAAUCCUUCGAUUCAUUAGUAACCCAAAUUCAAUUAUUCUGGCAGUCACAGCUGCCAACACAGACAUGGCUACAUCAGAGGCACUUAAAAUUGCACGGGAGGUAGAUCCAGAUGGUCGAAGAACACUUGCUGUUAUCACAAAGCUGGAUCUCAUGGAUGCUGGCACUGAUGCUAUGGAUGUACUUAUGGGAAGAGUGAUUCCAGUUAAACUUGGCAUAAUUGGGAUAGUGAACAGGAGUCAAUUAGAUAUUAACAAUAAGAAGAAUGUAGCUGAUUCUAUCCGUGAUGAAUAUGCUUUUCUUCAAAAGAAGUAUCCAUCUCUAGCCAACCGAAAUGGAACCAAGUAUCUCGCUAGGACACUUAACAGGUUACUAAUGCAUCAUAUCAGAGAUUGCUUGCCAGAACUGAAAACUAGAAUAAAUGUUUUAGCUGCUCAGUAUCAGUCUCUGCUGAACAGCUAUGGGGAACCUGUAGAGGACAAGAGUGCCACUUUGUUGCAGCUGAUUACCAAGUUUGCCACUGAAUAUUGCAACACCAUUGAAGGAACAGCAAAAUAUAUAGAAACUUCUGAGCUAUGUGGUGGAGCUAGAAUUUGCUACAUUUUUCAUGAGACAUUUGGACGAACCUUAGAAUCUGUUGAUCCACUAGGUGGCCUUAACACUAUAGAUAUUUUGACUGCUAUUAGAAAUGCUACAGGACCCCGACCUGCCUUGUUCGUGCCUGAAGUUUCAUUUGAAUUGUUGGUGAAGAGGCAAAUCAAACGUUUAGAGGAGCCCAGCUUGCGCUGUGUGGAGCUGGUUCAUGAGGAAAUGCAGAGGAUUAUCCAACAUUGUAGCAAUUACAGUACACAGGAAUUGCUGAGGUUUCCCAAACUACAUGAUGCCAUAGUUGAAGUAGUGACCAGUCUUCUGCGUAAGAGGCUACCAGUUACAAAUGAAAUGGUUCACAAUUUGGUGGCCAUUGAGUUAGCUUAUAUCAACACGAAACACCCAGACUUUGCUGAUGCCUGUGGGCUAAUAAACAAUAACAUAGAGGAGCAAAGGCGUAACAGGUUAGCCCGAGAAUUGCCUUCUGCUAUGCCACGAGACAAGUCUACUAAACCUCCAGGUGCAUUGACAUCUGCCUCCCAGGAGACCUCUACUGCUGCUUCUGCUGAGGCUGAUGGCAAGGCUGCUCCUGGGGUGGGAGAUGUGACACAAGAACCUGGAACAGGCAACUGGAGAGGAAUGCUGAAACCCUCAAAAGCCGAAGAGCUAUUAAUGGAAGAAAAAUCUAAACCAGUUACAGUCCUACCUGCCAGUCCUCAAAAAGGCCAUGCUGUAAACCUGUUGGAUGUGCCUGUACCUGUUGCACGCAGACUCUCUUCCCGUGAGCAACGAGAUUGCGAAGUGAUUGAACGACUUAUCAAAUCCUACUUCCUUAUUGUCAGGAAGAACAUUCAGGACAGUGUGCCAAAGGCGGUGAUGCAUUUUCUGGUGAAUCAUGUGAAAGACACUCUUCAGAGUGAGCUAGUUGGACAGCUGUACAAAUCCUUGUUGUUAGAUGACCUUCUGACGGAAUCUGAGGACAUGGCACAGCGCAGAAAGGAGGCAGCUGACAUGUUAAAGGCAUUGCAGCGAGCCAGUCAGAUUAUUGCUGAGAUUCGGGAGACGCAUCUUUGGUGAAGGUUAUCUCUACCCGCCACACUGUUUAUGUGGGUGGAGAAUCCUGAUGACUUGAAAAUUUGCUAAGCAUUGUAUACUUGGUAGAAUUUUAUUUAUGAACUCUUAUCUGUGUACUGCAACUAUGUGUAAAUUUGCUCAUGUAAAGACAGUUGGUUUGGCUUACAGACAGAAAAGUAUGCUGUACUUUGCAAAACAAGUCAUAUUUAAUCCACAUAAUAAAUGCCUCUAAAUGUUUCCUUACCAGUUAUCUGGUGCAAAUAAAACAGACCAAGUUUACUGUCCUGUGACAGUCUCAUUUAAACUUAGGCAGAACCAUUAAAGUUCCAGUGCCUGGCUUGCUAAACAGGUUGCCUAUGGGUUAGAUGGACAGUGUAGUCUUGUUGCAUAGUUUUAAGCUGCUUUUAUAAUAGAGGUUUAAAUACCAUGAAGAUGAGAAGGCACCAGGUAUUCUUUCAUGAGUAUACUGCAUGCACCAUGGCAAACGGAGACCUGAUUUUGAUAGCAGGCACAGUAAAAAUGUCUUCUAUAUAAGUAUAUGUGCACCCAUUUUUUUCAGAAUUUUAAAAGAAAGCAGCAUUAUAAAACACAUUUUUGAACUGGAUAAAUGAAUUUCACUGUAGGUGAAUUAGCCUGGAACUUUAAAAAACAAACAGGAGGACGUACUAAAGAAUUGGUGCAAACCAAUGAAUGUGCACCAGAGUUUGCAUUUCAUUGUUGGGGAUGAUAAUCAAGUGCAAGAACCCCUUUUUCCCCCCUCUGGGACCAAACCUCUGGACCAUCCACUAGCAAAAUUGUUCUCAUAGAAUUUAAAAAUAAAAUGAAUUUCAAAACUGUUGUGGGAUAGUAAGUGUUUCUUUUAAAAUUAAGUUGGACAGAAAGGAGGUGGGAUUUGUUUUAGUUCUUUUCAAAUAAUUUUGGAAAGUAUGAAGGCUAAGAGUAUCUGUGGAAGAGAAAGCAUGACUAGAAUGUUUAUACCAGAGUCUACUUUAAAUACUGCCGUUUGGGGAAACAAAUUUUACUGUGCUAUGAGGAAUUUUUCUAAGAGAACCCAAUUUGUUUUAAGAUAAAUGUGAGGUUGGGAAUAAAGUUGAUGGUUAUUUUCUUCUGGCCAUAGCCAGCACAGUACACGUUGAUCACACUAGCCUCUUAAAAGUUAAAAUCUUGUUAUACAUUAUAGCUUCCUACAAUUUGAAUUUAAACUCCAGCACACUUGCAUGUAUUUUUUCACAUAGAUUUAUUUAUUUGAUAAAGUAGAAAUGUUCAUGAUGCUCUUCCUGAUGUUGUUUCUCUCACGUGCACAUUUAUUUGUAGAAGAAUUAAAUAGACAUCACUGUCCACAUUUUUAUGGCUUUUCUCUGUGCAACAGGCCUGGGUUUCUUCUCCCACACACACAGUUCCUUCACUAUUUCAUCACUUAACAGAAACUGAAUUCCUGUUUAAGCUGCUAAAAUUAUAAAUGUACAAACCUGAUCAUUUGCAAACAUUUAAGGGACUAGUUUACAAUAAUGGCUAAUUCUCAGUUUUCAUUUAUCACUGAUACAUUCACACUGAAUUAAGAUCAACAGAUGGAAACAACAUUUGGCUUAAGAAUCCUGUCUCUCUAAUAUGCCACGUUAAAUUCCACAUUUGUAAGCAGUCUAGAACUUUACAUGUUAAAUAUCCUAUUUAAUCAACAUAAAGAAACCAAUUUACAUUCUUAAUUACCGGGGAAAAAUGCUUCUUGUGGUUCUGGAAACAUGAGGCUAAAAGAGAGAGGGUCUCAAACUGUUAGUUUUCAUACUAAUUUAACCAACAGUUAUUUUAAAUGCCUUAAACGUCUUUUAAUUGGAAUCCAUUUUUAAUACAGUUCAUCUUUCUGCAACUGUGCUUCUUUCUUGCCCUAGUCUCCCCAUCCACCCACCUAUAUACCCUCUUGGUUUAGAAAUGCUACUUUUCAACAUGUUAGUGGCUGACAGAGGUUAAUCAGUGAUUAAUUGGCAAAUAUAAUUUAUUCUCCUUGUCAGGAAAUACACUAAUCAUGUGAACUUUCAGAAGGCUGCACAAAGCAAAUGAAUGCAGUUUACUCAAGAAAUUCUCACAAGUGAAAGGUAAAUUUCACAAGAAAUGAUACAAUUGAUUAAGUGUUAAUUAGCAUUGGUGAUCUGAAUUCUUUUUGGAAAUGCUGUGAUAAUAUUUUGGUAUCUCACUAACUUGUAAAUAAGCUGAGGAUAUAUAAUGAUUUGAAAGAAAUGAAUUUGGUCUGCCAUUAUCACUGCAUAUUGUAACAAAUCAGUCCAUGCUUUAAUAUUACUUCAUCCUUUGAUUGAGAACCGCUGAACUAUAGCUUAUUUAAACUGUGGGUUGGGACCCCAAAGUGGGUCACGAUCCCAUUUUAAUACGGUUGACAGGGUUGGCUUAGACUUGCUGGGGCCCGGAGCCAAAACCCGAGCCUGACCACUCGGGGCUGAAGUCCAAGGGCUUCAGCCCUGGGCAGUGAGGCUCAGGGUACAGGCCUUCUGCCUCAGGCUGAAGCCCUUGGGUUUGGCUUUGGCCCUCCCACCCAGGGUGGUGGGACUUGGGCAGGCUCAGGCUUUGUGUCCCCGUACCUCCCCUCCUUGAGUCGUGGAGUAAUUUUUGUUGUCAAAAGAGGGUCAGAGUGCAAUGAAGUUUGAGAACCCCUGCUAUAUAUAGUGUAUUGAUUAUACCAGAUACGCAACUGUGAAUUAUGAGGAACUGGGUCAGAUACCCAUCACUAUCUUUAGGCUUCUGAUGUAGCAUCACUUGUACAGCUUUUUCUAUAUUGUGAUUUGCUCUCCCAGAAUUUCCCAUCACUAGUUCUAGUACAGCAGUGGGAGUUUUAGUGUCAACAGGACUCGGGUGGCUGCUUGUGUUUUAAGCACGGUAUUGUCUACAACUACCUUAAGCAGUGCUAGAUAAUGGAAUAGUUAAAAUGCCAGCAGUCACUGGCACUUUGUCUAUGCUAGCACUCUGGUUGUUAUUUCCAUCGAUGGAAGAAAAGGCAUGGAAAUUUUAGUGAAAGAAACCUAGUGUAGACCAGGCUGUAGUUCUUUGGUUUUACUUGGCAGGGAAUAGGGAGGGAGUUUGACUUCAUUUCCAAUCCUUUCUAUUUUUUGCUUUGUGCACACAAGCUGUUACAAGUUUUCUUCCAUAGAAACCUAAAUCUGUGGAAAUGAAAGUCUAACACCUCUUGAGAAAUUUAAUUUGACAUUUGUUCAUCAAGAACAGCUAUUCUUUUUGCACACCCCUUGAACAAAUCUAGUAUCCAAUGAAACUAUUGGCAUAAGCAAGUAAUCAAGGGAGAAAAGUCAGAGAAAUAGAAAUUUGACAUUUAAUAUACCUGACGUAUGUAUGUUACUGUAAAUAAAACUGACAGUGUGAAAGACUUGCACAUAGCUUUCAUAUCAAUAAAUUACUUUUUUUAAGUG